CAAAUGACAAAACGGAAGAUCAGGAAUCCAAGAAAAUGAUGAAACUUUCCUUUGGUUCACGGUUUUCUCAUUUGGCGAUGGCGGCGACAUCGGGAGCGAAGACUACGGCGACUGAGCCACCGACGAAGAUAGUAUGGAACGCGGGGAAACACCGAUUCGAAACCGAAGAUCACGAAGCCUUCAUCGACUACAAGCUCAGAUACGACGGAAAAGCAAUGGAUCUGGUCCACACCUACGUCCCAUCCUCAAAACGAGGGUUAGGUUUAGCUUCUCUCCUCUGCGUCGCCGCCUUCGAACACGCUUCCUCUCACUCCCUCUCCGUCAUCCCUUCCUGCUCCUACGUUUCCGACACGUUUCUUCCUAGGAACCCAACAUGGAAGCCUCUGGUUUACACAGAGGAUCUUAAGUCUAGCAUUUGAAUGAAGACACUCGUUUUUUUUUUAACAUUGUUGUUAAGCUUUGUGUUUUCAUUGUCAGUUGUUGGUUGGUGUAAUCUUCGGAACCUUGUAAUCAAGAUCUGUCGGAGACAGAUGUACUGGAAACUGUAAUAAAGAAGUCUUUGAAUGUCUGUAUUUGACAAAAUAAUCGUUGAUUGAUCGUAAUGAAAUAUUUGGCAGACAGUUGAAACA